ACGACUGGCUGCUGGUACCUCUCGCCCCGCACUUUGCCUCAUCCGGCCCUAGCGCCAUGGGGGGCCCGCCAUAAUCUUUUGACCAUGGCGACUAUCGCUGCCAUCGCCCUCCGCUGCAAAGCCGCUCUGCAUCCACACAACACAACACAACACACCACAGCCCGCCAUGCUGCUCUUCUGCCCAACAUGCAGCAACAUGCUGCGCGUGUCGGCCGUCCCCCCAGGCGACCCUACGACUGAAGACUUCGUCGGCCAGAACCGCUUCGAGUGCCUGACGUGCCCCUACCACUUUGUCAUCAACAAGCGCUACUACGAGCGCAAGUACAUGAAGAAGAAGGAAGUCGAGGAUAUUCUGGGCGGAAAGGGUGCUUGGGACAAUGUCGAUAAGACGGAGGUCCAAUGUCCAAACGAAAAAUGCAGAAACCACGAAGCCUACUGGUACCAGCUACAAAUCCGCAGUGCAGAUGAGCCUAUGACGGCUUUCUACAAGUGCACUCAAUGCGCCAAGGAGUGGCGAGAAUAAAAAACAGUUUGAAUGGCUGUCACCGCAUACGUUUGAGGAGUUUCUGGGUGCAAGUUGGAUUUUUUUGUUUUUCGUUUUGGUAGAUUUCUUGAUUUUGGCAUAUACCCC